GUGAAAAGGAGGAAACUGAGAGAAUGAAUUGUUGAAUGAGAUGGUGGAGGAGGAAAAGGUAGUAGACGUAGACGGCAAUGAAGGUGGUGGUGGUGUUGGUAGUGAGUCGCAUUGGUGGUGGGGUAUGGCAAGCGCAGCCCAGUUGGGAUGGGGAAUUGUGUCGUUGAGAAGAGGGUAUACGGGGCACUCCAACCUCAUGCCCUUCAAAGCCUUCACCGUUGCCUCCCUCUUCGUCGGCUCCGCUGCCUCUGCCUCCGUCGCUUCUCUCCAUGCCUCCGGAAUCCACAAGGUGGAAGAUUUAAUGGAGGUGGGUGCAAAUAUAAGGACUGGACUUGGGAUUCGUCCACGGACACGAGAAGAAUAACAAUUUAUCAAAAUUAUUAUUGUUGCUUCAAAAAUCGUAAAUUUUCAUGUACUUGAAAUCAUUGUAAACUGUCGGUUUUAAAAUUCAUAGCUUUCCUUUCUUGCUGUGUUUCCAUAAAAAAUCAUUGUAUUUCUGUCUUCAACAGCUAAAUUAUAAUUGACCCAAAAUGCAGAUCCUUGUAUUAUUUUUAGUUUGGAAAUUUUGUGAACAUCUUUAUUAUGUGAUAACUUAAGCUUUGUCUACCACCUAGAAGGGUGUUGUAUU